CAUGCAUAUAGGUACACACGUAGGGCAGGAGAGCACGCAGGUACCGGGGUACCUAUGAAGGAAUAUAUGUGCAUGGCGCUAAGACGGCCCCUCGGAUGCUGGUUGGUCGAAGGCCAACCUUGCCAAGUCCUGCCUCCAGGGAAUGACCCACAAAUCUGAUAAAAGCGCCAGCCACAAAUUACAUCACGUGGCACUAUAUCUCGGUCUUUGCUGUGGCCAAAUCCGAUUUGCUCCGUCCACCUUUCUUAUCCAUCAGCCAGAACCUCUCGCCCAUCUGCUGUUCCUAGAAACAGAUCGAUUCCUUCUAAAGUAGCACACGCCUCUUCGCCAAGUUUGACCACCUCCCCCCCCCCCCCCCCCUCUCCAAUCGGCCACCCGUCACCAUAAUCAUACCGGAUCGAUAGAUAUCCAACAAUCCAUCACGUCCAUCUCGAGAACGCGCUGAUAUCUGCCUUCAUCAAGAUAUGAGUCGUACCGGCAAGAUUGCCCCCGAGCAGCUCCCAAUCUUGUUCGUGAAGAAUCUGAACUACGAAGUAUCGUCUGACGCGCUCUGGAAGCUAUUUGACCCCGGCGAGGACGGGUUGAUUCGCCAAAUUCGACAGGGAAUUUCCGUUGAGGCAAAGGGGACCGCCUAUGUGGUCUUCUGGAACGUCAUGGACGCGAAGAAUGCGCUGGAGAAGCUGAACGGCUACAACUUCCAGAACCGAUAUCUCGUCGUACUAUGGCAUCAGCCAGAGAAGACUCUCAAGUCAAGAGAUGACCUGCAGGCCCGCAAGGACAAUUUAGCGCAGCUCAAGAUGAAGCAUGGCAUCGAUUGACAAUUAGACGGGCCUGCGGACAGGCUCCAGACUCGUGCCCGCGCCACGUCUGCAGUCCCGUCUUCUCUAGCUUCUAUCGCCUCUAGCCGAAGCGCAUCCACUACCACCACCAACACCACCGCGUCGUCGAUCAAGAAGGAUGCGAUGUCGGUGGCAAAGAACAAGAAGGGCAAGUCAGACGACGUCGCCGGGCACGCACGAAAGGUGGCAUUGAACUUCGUGCGCGGUCUCCUCCCACAGAAAUCCAACAAGCUGUGCAUGACGUGAAACCCCGUAUCCACCACGGACCCGCAGGCACGCUAUUUUGGCCGUUGGCAGAGGUGCAGGAUCGACCUGGCUCGGCGUCGUCGGUUACCCUUUUCUCAGAAUGCAAGUCGCUCUUUAGGUGCGCCUACAGAACGUAGGGGACGUUGUUCAGAAUGGUUUUAAAUUUGAUUCUUCUAUGGGUACUAUGAGACGGCGUGAAGCCUCGUACAUAGUUUCCUAGCAUUACCAAGGCGUAGGCGAGGGUAUUACGAAGUAUUCUAUGGUGCUGAGACUUGUUGACCCUUUAUUUUGAGAAUGUCAACAGACCUUGAGGGUCCCUUCUUCUCACCUCA